AUGGGUUCUCAAGAUACCGAUUCUGAUGACCUUUUCGACCGUAGCUUGAGCUCCUCCCACAGCAGCUCUCCCCCGACCCCUGCAGCCCCGAAAUCCUCCAUAUAUCAAACAAAUACCCUUGAUUCUGUUUGGAAAUGGAACGCGAAUGCCCCUCCCACUCUCAAUGCCUGUGUGCAUGAGCUGGUUCAAACCAGAGUCGACUUGACCCCGGAUGCUAUUGCUAUAAACGCCUGGGACGGCGUAUUGUCAUACCAACAAUUGGCCUCUGAGGCUGCCCAUUUUGCGCGGCAGCUCAUAGAUUCUUAUCAAGUGGUACCGGGCGAAAAGGUACUGGUUGCGUUGGAACGAGGUCUUUUGAUUCCCGUGGCUGUGCUAGCAAUUAUCCAAAUCGGUGCUACCUUUGUUCUUCUUGACACCGCAUCACCGGAAUCCCGACUGCGACAGAUAGCUGAAAGAACAUGUGCACGAGUCACUGUGACGUCCCAGAGUCUGACCACGUUGGCUCGGAGGCUGUCCUCGAGUGUGAUGACGAUCUGCAAGCGCAGAAGCGAGCCCUCCUUUAUCGCAACCCCUGGGACGACCUCUUCUUUAUGGCCCGCCGACCCUUCUUCCAUAUUAUACGUCGUCUUUACAUCGGGAAGCACGGGAAAUCCAAAGGGUGUAGAGGUUUCCCAUUCCAAUUUUGUCUCUGGGCUGCAACAACAGAGUGAAUUGUAUCAACUGAGCCAGGACUCGCGAUUUCUCCAUUUUGCCUCCUACAGCUUUGAUGCAUAUGUACACGAAAUCCUCAUCACUUUGACACAGGGAGGAUGCCUAUGCAUUCCAUCAGAUACCGAUCGCAUGCAGCGUCUCUCCGCAGCCAUGAAUGAGAUGCAGGUUACAAUCGCGCUGAUGACUCCCACCAGCUCCCAGUUGAUUGAACCAGAUAAGGUGCCAACUUUGCAGACCUUAGUGUUGGGGGGAGAGUCCAUGUCCCGGGCAGUGAUUGAGCGCUGGUCGCCUUAUGUCCGCCUAAUCAAUGCAUAUGGACCUGCGGAGUGUGCUGUGGUGAGCACAGGUUAUGUGGUUGAUGUCCACCGCUGUCUUGAGACUGGGAUUGUCCCCAUCGGCCGAGGCUAUGGUUGCGUAACAUGGGUAACACAUCCAGACAAUGUCAAUCAUCUUACCCCCGUUGGAGAAGUGGGUGAGCUUCUCAUUGAAGGCCCCAACGUGAGCUCAGGCUAUUUAUCAGACCCUGAAAAGACGGCGGCAUCGUUCAUUGAAGAUCCGAAGUGGUUGAUAGAAGGCUCCCCCUUUGCCUGCUUCGAGGGUCGCCAUGCCCGAUUGUACAAAACAGGCGACCUGGUACGAUACACAGAGGAUGGCAACUUGGUUUUUGUUGGACGCAAAGAUACCCAGGUCAAGCUUCACGGCCAGCGGAUCGAGCUUGAAGAAGUAGAGCACCAGAUACAAAGCUUUCUUCCUGGUGGGAAGAAGGCUGUUGCAGAGGUCAUUCAGCGGGGGGGCCAGAACAAGGCAGCGCAGUUGGUGGCCUUCAUUGAAGUACCAGACCGAGAACUGGAAAGCAACCGGGAGAGUUUCACGCAAGAGGCUUCCGGCGGUGGCCUUGAUCCUAUUUUCCGUGCAGUCGAUGCCGAAUUUCAACAGCUGGAGGAGACGUUGCUCUCCGCCCUCGCAGAAAGGCUUCCUUCGUAUAUGGUCCCCUCUGUCUGCCUACCAGUCGCCCGCUUCCCAGAGACUCCCUCGGGGAAGCUGGACCGCAAGUAUCUGCGAGAAGCGGGACGGGGGCUUCUGGACGUUUUGCUCCAAAGGCGCGUGGCAUACAACUCAUCUCAACCGUCAUGGAAGCCCGAGCAGGCCGUUAUGCGGGGAUUGUGGUCACUGAAUCUCGGCAUCGACGAGGAUGAAAUUCUUCUCGAUGACCAUUACUUCCGGCUAGGAGGAGACUCGGUAUCUGCCAUCAAGCUGAGCGUCGCAGCCCGCCGAAGGAACGUCUCCUUGGAUGUGAAAGAUAUCCUCGGCCACCCGACGCUGCUCGACAUGGCCGCCAGGAUGCGCGAAGGAGAGAAGAAGACCGACGAACAAACAGAUCUCAUGGCCCCGUUCUCCCUAAUCCCGAAAGACGACGUGCCAUCUGUUAUUGAAGAGGUUGCCAAAGCCUGUCGGAUCUCUGAGGCUCAGGUCCAAGACAUUUACCCCUGUACACCACUCCAGGAGGGACUCAUGGCGCUUUCAGAACGGCAGCCCGGCCAGUAUAUAGCGUGUGAAGUUCUCAAAGUCCAUCCACGAGCAGACCUGACCCGGCUCUGCGCAGCCUGGGCAACAGCAUGCAACCUGAACGCGAUCAUGCGUACAAGAAUUGUUCAGACGUCGUCUGCAGGGCUGGUCCAGGUUGUCGUUCGCCAUGAUCUAGACUUUGCCAGCCGUGAUACAAUAGGGGCCUGCCGUUCUGACAAUGUGGAAUUUGGGCUUGGGUCUCCUCUUACUCGGCUGCGGGUUGUUCAGAGCUCAAGUCAGAGUGAGAGCUCGUACAUUGUUCUCCUUGCUCAUCAUGCUGUCUGUGACGGUUGGCAGGCUCGCGCAGUGGCCAGCCAGGUCGAAGAAAUAUACGAGGGUCGAUACGGCACUCCUCCUCCUGGCUUCAACACGUUCGUCCGUUAUCUGUCUCGCGUGGACAAUGACAAAGAGACUGAGUAUUGGCAGAGGGCGCUGGGCAAUGGCAAUGUUCCAAGCCAUUUCCCUACAAUUCCUCCAGGUAAAACAGCCGGAUGGGCCAAUCAAACACAGCAUCGGGAGAUCUGGGUUGACUUCGAGUCCGCAGAGAGGAACACGGAAUAUACCCUUUCGACAUAUAUUCGGCUGGCAUGGGCUUUCUUGACAUCUAAAUAUACCACGUCUGAUACAGUUGUCUUUGGUGCAACUGUCACUGGCCGGAAUGCCCCGGUUCCUGGCAUCAAUGAUAUCGUCGGUCCUACCAUUGCUACAGUCCCGCUCAAAGUGUAUCUGGAUAAAAACAGUACUGUACGCGCAUGUCUCGAGGCGAUGCAUCAUCAAGCUGUCGAGAUGAUACCUUAUGAGCACACUGGUCUACAGCGGAUACGAAAACUGGGCGAGGAAGUGGAGGCUGCUUGUGACGUUCAUGCCCUACUAAUAAUUCAACCUACUCCGACCGCACAGGACCCCAUGGCGCCCCAAAACCGGGUGGAAGAUGAGGAGGACUUUUUGCUCGCUUUCAGCAACUAUCCGCUGGUUGUCGAAUGCACCCUUCCAGGCCCAGGAACUGGACUGGGAGUGCGCGUAGCCUUCAAUGACCAAAUCACCGACAUGGAGCAUAUCAACCGAAUGUUGUUGCACCUAGAGCACGUCUUGAAAGAGCUCUCAUGUAAACCAGAUCAUGAACUGCGGGACAUUGACAUUAUCAUUCCGCAGGAGGUGGAGCAGCUACAGGCGUGGAACGGCCCCCUUCCUCAGUCACAGGGUCGGUGCAUACACGAUCUGAUCUGGGAGCAGUUGGCCAGUCAACCCUCAGCCGAAGUAGUGUACGCAUGGGAUAAAUCACUGACAGCAGAGUCACUUUCUCACUUCUCCCUGAGGCUGACCAGUUAUCUGCAAAGCUUUGCUAUCGGACCCGAAGAUUACGUGCCUCUCUUCUUUGACAAGUCCUCCUUGGCCAUCAUCAGCAUUCUUGCGGUAUUAACUAGCGGCAGCGCAUGUGUCACUCUAGAUAGGAAGCAGCCAGAUCAGCGUCUCAUUGAGAUUGUGAGACAGACUGGAGCAAAAUACAUGCUCGUAUCGGAGAAGCACAAGGGGAUGCUUGAAAUCGAUGGGGUGACGCAAAUCGUCAUCAGUUAUGCCGAAUUGGAGAAGAUGCCUCUCCCUUCACAUGGCGAGAUAUUCUCGACCACCCGCGCCAGGCCAGAAAACCCGGCAUUUCUCAUUUUUACCUCUGGAAGCACGGGUAAGCCCAAGGGCAUCAUCCUCGAGCACCGCAAUUUGUCCUCGGCGACUCUCGCUCAUGCAGCCAACAUGAACAUUGUGCGCGGGGCCCGUGUGCUUCAAUAUGCUUCUCCAUCGUUCGAUGUUAGCAUCUAUGAGAUCCUGAUGACAUUAGCGAUGGGUGGAUGCCUUUGCGUCCCCUCUGAUUACCAGCGCAUGAAUACCCCCAGCGAAUUUGCUCGCGAAGCAAAGGCCGAAGUUGUGAUUAUUUCGCCCACUGCGAUUCGGUCAAUGAGUCCUGACGAAGUGCCAUUACUGAAGACCGUUGUAUUGGUCGGCGAGGCUAUCCCCCGUGAUGUAGUGGAAACAUGGAGCCGCUCUUCUUUGGUAAUGAAUGGAUACGGUCCCGGCGAAUGCACUUUCUGCUCCACUACCCCGAUCGACACUCAAAAAUGGGAUCUUGCAACUGUCGGUCGUGCUGGAGGUUGUGUGUUCUGGCUCACGGACCCAACGGACUACAACCUUUUGGCACCCAUUGGAGCUGUGGGUGAAAUCCUCAUUGAAGGCCCGGUGGUCGGCCGUGGAUAUCUGAACGACCCAGAGAGAACGGCCGCCAGCUUCAUAAACGACGCUAAAUGGCUAGGCCGCUUCCGAGAAAAUGGUCGCGGAAGGCUCUACCGAUCUGGAGACCUGGGGAUGUAUAAUCCGGAUGGUUCGGUGGUGUAUAUGGGUCGGCGGGAUAUGCAGGUGAAACUACGGGGCCAGCGUAUCGAGAUGGGAGAAGUAGAAUUCAACCUGCAGCGCCUACUACCCAAUGCUACGAUCGUUGUCGAGGUGGUCAAAUAUGGUGAAAAUGAGAGAGUCACGGCAUUCAUAGCUCUUUCUCAAAUGGAGGCUUCCACGACUGUGACGACAGCAACGUCUCCUUCAUCUAUAUUGCUCCCUCCUACUCAGCGGGUCGUCCAAGCAGCACAGCUGUCUGCCGACUUGGGCCAAGUACUGCCUUCAUACAUGAUACCCUCAGUAUAUCUUCCCCUUGCGAGGGUUCCAACGACAUCGUCUGGCAAGAUAGAUCGGAAAACACUGAAACAUGCGGCCAACAGUAUGUCACUGGUUGAUAUCAUGGCGUAUGGCGAAGAGCAGUCCUCCACGACAGAGCCAUCUACCACUGCGGAAUUGGCCCUCCAGAAAGCCUGGGCAAGCUUGUUGAAGAUCAGCCCAGACACGAUUAAACGAGAGACCGACUUUUUCCAAGCUGGCGCUGACUCUGUGGAAGCAAUGAAGUUGGUUAGUAUGGCGCGUCGAGAAGGGCGGACACUCAAUGUCGCCCAAAUCUUUGCCAGCCCACAGCUAUGCGAUAUGGCUCUCUGGUGGGAUUCUCAAAGAGAUAAUGACGACGAUGCGCUGGAGAAGGAGUGGCCUGCGUUUGCGUUACUAGAUGACUCGGAGACUGAGACAUUCAUCGAACGCCAUAUUUGCGAGCCUCACUCAAUCCCCCGGGAGAAGAUCAAGGAUGUAUAUCCGGCUACUUAUGAUCAGGUGCUGGUAUAUAGCAUCAACCAUACUGUGUACGCUCACUUCGAAGUUGAUGAACGACUGGAUCGUGCUCAUAUCGUUGAAAGCUGGUUGCAAGUUGUCCGCCAGCAUGACAUUUUGCGCACCGUACUAGUCCCAGCUGGUAAUGAUCAAUACUGGGCCGUGGUUCGAACCGGCGAUGUCUUCGACGUUGAUUAUCGAACGAUCAGACAUGAUUCUGAACUUCAUCAAAUUAUCGAUACUGAUCAUGCAUCCGGGCUUCACCCCGGUUCGUUCCUCGGCAAACUGUUUGUGCUCGAGUCUGCCAAUAACGGGAAAGCCGUUAUCAUCCUGAAGAUGAACCAUACUAUUUUCGAUGGAUCAUGCUUCGCAUUGUACUGGUCCGACUGGCAAUCGGCCUAUGAACGGGGCAUCGUGCCGACUCGCCUGCAGUACCAGGAUGUUCUGUGCUCCCGCCGACGGAUUGACUCCUAUGCGGCAGCUAGACAGUACUGGGGAGACAUGCUCCACGGCCUGGAAAUGCAAAGUCUACCAACUAUGUCCGAAGACUCAACCCCGGAGCGUAUGGGAGACCCACUUAAGAUCUCUCGGUGCCUCACCCACAUCUCUCCACCGGCUGAAGUCGUUCUUGACUCCUUCAUCAAGGCCGUUUGGACUGUCACACUAGCCAGCCUCUCAGGGAAGAGGGACGUCGGCUUCUAUCAUAUCUCCAACGGGCGGCGCCUCGGCGGCAGACGGACAGAGGAGGCUGCUGGUCCCCUGAUGCAAUUGUAUCCCAUGCGGGCCCAAUUACAGUCUGACUGGCGGCUGGUUGAUCUGUGCCGUUUUCUGCAAGAGCAGGACAUGCGGAACCUCCCACAUGAACUUCUCACGACCGCGGAACUCUGCGAGGUGGCAGGAUGCAGCGAUACUUUCUCGGGGACCCUCGUGGAUCACGUCAAAGAUGACAUCGAGUCCGGGCUGUCCUUCGAUGGAAUACAAUGCGGUCUCUCAAUGGAAUGGCGGGGUGAAAAUCAGGAUGAAAACAUUUGCUUUGUGAGAUCCAAAGGCGAUCAGCUUGAGGUUACCUUGUUCACGAGUUGGAACGUCCACAAAGUGGUAGCAGAAGAAGUGAUGGAUAUAUAUUGUGAGAAAUUGCAGUAUUUCUCGAGCCAUCCAGAGGCAACUAUCUUUUGA